AUGACAGACCCAGAGCAACCAAUGACUGAAGAAGCUCCAGCUGUUCGCAGCGAGAGUAGACCGUCAUCCAUCAAUGGCGCGAUCAGCGGCUCCAGCACACCCAUCGACCUUUCCAAUGAAUUGGGCGAAAAACAAAGCACCAAGAGCGAACGCGCUGACGGAAAGCGCGAGCUGAAGGAAGGGGAGUGCUACGAGAUCCUCGGUUACUCCUGGCCGCGAUGGAAGAAAUGGACCUAUCUGGCAGCUGUCGCUUUCGUGCAGGUCUCUAUGAACUUUAACACUUCGGUCUACCCUGCCGCCGUAACGCCUCUCUCAGAGGCUUUCCAUAUCAGCGAGCAGCACGCUCGCACGGGUCAGAUGGCCUACCUUGUGACCUACUCCAUUGGUUGUGAACUGUGGGCUCCUUGGUCUGAGGAAUUUGGUCGCUGGCCUAUCCUUCAGCUCUCAAUGUUCCUCAUCAACAUCUGGCAACUUCCUGCGGCCCUUGCUCCCAAUUGGGGUAGCCUUGUCGUUGCUCGUGCACUGGGUGGUCUUUCUACUGCCGGUGGUAGUGUCACACUCGGUCUUAUUGCUGACAUUUACGAGCCCGAGACGCAACAGUUUCCUCUCGCUUUUAUCGUGUUGUCCUCUUGUAUCGGUACCAGUAUUGGUGGUGUGAUUGGCGGCCCAAUUGCGCGAUUCCUCAACUGGCAAUGGUUCUUCUGGAUUCAGCUCAUCUUCGGAGUAGUCACUCAGAUAAUCAUCUUUUUCAUGCCCGAAAGUCGUUCCACCAUUCUUAUGGAUAGAGAAGCCAGACGCCGCCGCAAGUCCGGCGAAGAUCCCAACAUCUACGGACCGAACGAACUCAAGACCCCCCGCGUCUCCCUUAAAGAAGCCGGCAAGAUCUGGGCCCGACCCUUCUACAUGCUCUUGCGCGAGCCCAUCGUCCUGUGUCUGUCCCUCCUCUCCGGUUUCUCCGACGCCCUGAUCUUCACUUUCCUGGAGAGUUUCGCCAUCGUCUACAAGCAAGGCUGGGGCUUCGGCACCCUCGGCGUAGCCUGGGCAAUUAUCCCCAUCAACGCUGCCUAUUUCAUUGCCUACUUCAGCUACUUCCCGUGGUUCAUCCGUGACCAGAAGCUGCGCCUCCGCCACGGCGAUGCCGCAAUUCCACCAGAGCGCCGCCUGAAGUGGCUGUUGUUCCUCGCGCCGCUUGAACCAAUCGGCCUCUUCGGCUUCGCCUGGACAUCCUUCGGUAACUCGCGCAACGUCCACUGGAUCGGCUCGAUGAUUUUCUCCGCCUGCGUCGGUAUCGCCAACUACGCCAUCUACCUCUCCUCUGUCGAUUAUAUGGUUGCCUCGUACGGUGUGUACUCGGCUUCGGCAACGGGCGGUAAUGCUUUCGCGCGUGAUCUGCUCGCUGGUAUCUCGGCUAUGUAUGCGACGCCCAUGUACACGAAUAUCGGCGAUAAGUGGCAUGUACAGUAUGCAAGCACUAUUUUGGCUUGUCUUUCCUGUCUUGUUGUCACUCCCAUCUAUAUCUUCUAUUGGAAGGGACCGCAACUUCGUGCGAAGAGUAAGUUUGCUCAGACUCUUGCUGCUGACAGAGCUCAGAACAAUGGUCGCCGGGUCAGUAGGAUCAGUGCUGAGCCGGACUUCUGA